ACAUCUGUUUUUGUGACCCCCUUCUUCAUAUCAUAAACACUUCUGCAACUUUGGUACUUCCUGAUAAUGAACUAAUCAUCACCCCAACACCAUGCGCCCAACUGGAUCUUCAACUACCUCGUCUCCAGGACGGAGGGCUCUUCAUGAGCGCACUUCUUCUCAAACGAACGAGGUUUCACCACCACAGUCCCUACGAACUGUCAGUGACAAGCACAAUGGCCAGGAGGACGAAUGCGAUGUUUACACGGCAACUCCGUAUCCGACCAAACCAGAACAUAUCCUCUUGCCACGACCAGGGAAAGGUCAAGAUUUCAUCCCAGAUUCUAGGUUCCACGUUGAAGAGAUGCCGAAUGAAUCCAGUGCGACACUAUCAACAGAAAUCAGUCAUAUUCUAGACAGCAGUUUGAUUGAGCAAUCUACUGGUGACCCAUGGGACUUAUCUUCGACGUUCGACGCUGCAAACACUCCACCUCAGGUGUGGGAAGAUGACCCUGCCUCCAGCAAAUCCUCUUUUCCAGAACCUGGGCCCACAGAGCAUAGAGAAAUCGAUUUCAAGUCGGAUGAUGUUUUGUACUCGGACGAGGAACCGAAUACGCUACCUGGAGCUGCUCCAACGAUCAAGACCGUAGUUUCCGACACGUCAUCCGGUCAACCGCCACACCCUGCAAAUGCUGCAUCGAGCAAUUCUAGUCCCAAUGUAGUACCAAUUGGGCCGUCAUCCAGUCCGAAUUUUGUUGCGCUUGACAGUUCAAGUUUGAAUUUCGUCCCAAUUGGUGCAUCAUCCAACCCAGACAGUGGCUCUCGGUCAAACUCGCUUUCCUCUAUGAAUUCACUGGGAACUGUGAUCAGGUAUAUAGGAGCCGCUCCCUGGACCCAUGGUUCGUCUUCUGAACAGUCAAGCUCACGGUCUUACUCCUUUCGUUCCAAUCCGCCCUAUCAAGGCCCAUCAGCGCGCUCAAAUUCCACCCGCGCACGUGAACGGAGCCACUCUCGGUCCGUUACUUCUUCCUCACGCAGCGAUCCAUCCUCAGAUAUUCAAGCGAUUGUGGAUAGCGGCGUAUUUCUGCAAUAUCCAACCAUCCAUGCGCCAUCGUCGGCGAGCUCAAGGGUAGAUGUCUCGCACUCUGCAGACUCACUGAACAACACGCAGCACGAGACCACGGCGGACGGUGCAUCGGAGCACUUUAAAUCGCAUUUGUCUACAGUUACGUCUCGAUGGUCUGCUGAGUAUGAUUCGAGGUCAGCUUCUCCGGCCGAUCGUGCCGAGAACAGUCUGGAGCCAUCUAGGCCUACUGCUGCGCAUGUCCGUCAGAGACCGACGUCUUCUUCGGUGUGGUUAAUCAAUAGUACAGACGGAGAUGAAUACUUGGACGAUGUUUCCAGUCUUCCAGCCCGUCCUGCAAACCCAGCGGUACCGAGUAGCCACUCAUCCGGAUCGAGACAGAGCAGUGUUCGCAGUACAAAGCGACCAGGUACUAGUUCGAGCUUCGCAUUCAACGUGCUGCCUACCUGGGCUAAAAUGUACUAUGGGCAACCUGUGGGCUCUGCACUUUCUUUAGUGGAAGGCAGUCGUCCAUCCUCAGCACGUCCGACAACUCCCACCUCCAACCCGCUCCAUCGUUUAACGACCGCCGCUACUCGCCCAAGAACACGCACCAACGAAACGGGACAAAGCAUACGAUGGAUGAGCAAACCUGACCCACGCGACCCUCGGAGCCAUUGGGUGAAGGGCCCCGAGGUUGCAGAGAGACCCGGACACUCCCGCCAUCAAUUGCGACACAGCUGGUCCCCGCAUUUGUACCCUGAUAGACGUAAUGUUCGCCCGAGAGGGAGUGCAUGGGGGGCUCCGUCUAUGGACUCCCGAGCAGAGCCUUUCCUCGGACGCAGAAAUAUUCAAGUAUGGUCUUUUUGCUUGGGAUUCAUAUUCCCACUUGCCUGGCUCAUAGCAGCCUUUCUUCCCUUGCCCUCUAAACCGGAAAUGCUCUUACAGGAAGAUACUGAGCCCGGACGUGAAAAGACACUUCAAAUGCGAGUUCUCGACCUUGAACGGAAACGGUACGAAAACGCUAGGUGGUGGAGGAAUCUUAAUCGAUGGAUGAUUCCUCUGGGACUGGUGAUCAUUACCAUCAUUAUCACAUUGGCUGUUGUGGGAACGAAGGUGGGCUUCUAGUGUUAUCAGCGCGCUACAACCUGUCUUUCCGCCUUGUCCACAAGCCAUGCUAGUUGCUAUUUUUUCUUCUUCCUUUUUGACCUCUUCGACUGGAUCGGACUUCGAUCCUUAUUAUUGCUUCCUGGGCGUCGGUUUCUUCAACUCUACCUAACCUCUUGCUGCCUCAUUUCCGCCUUUUGAUACCCUC